AUGCCGGGCCUCACCAUCGGCGACACCGUCCCCAACCUGGAGCUGGACUCCACCCACGGCAAGAUCCGCAUCCACGACUACGUCGGCAACGGCUACGUCAUCCUCUUCUCGCACCCCGGCGAUUUCACCCCGGUGUGCACGACGGAGCUGGCGGCCAUGGCCAACUACGCCAAGGAGUUCGAGAAGCGGGGCGUGAAGCUGCUCGGCAUCUCCUGCGACGACGUGCAGUCCCACAAGGAGUGGACCAAGGACAUCGAGCGCACGCAGCCUGGGAGCAAGGUGACGUACCCGAUCAUGGCGGACCCGGACCGGUCGGCCAUCAAGCAGCUCAACAUGGUGGACCCGGACGAGAAGGACGGCGAGGGGCAGCUGCCGUCCCGCACCCUGCACAUCGUGGGGCCGGACAAGGUGGUGAAGCUGAGCUUCCUGUACCCGUCGUGCACGGGGCGGAACAUGGACGAGGUGGUGCGCGCCGUGGACUCGCUGCUGACGGCGGCCAAGCACAAGGUGGCCACCCCGGCCAACUGGAAGCCCGGGGAGUGCGUGGUGAUCGCGCCCGGCGUCUCCGACGACGAGGCCAAGAAGAUGUUUCCCCAGGGGUUUGAGACCGCCGACCUGCCCUCCAAGAAGGGCUACCUCCGCUUCACCAAGGUCUAG